CCGGACGACUCGACGUUCUGAUGGGACGAUUUUCAUCAGCGACCUCGCACACCAAGCUUUCGACCUACCAAGUUAGUCUUCACAACGCCCUGCCGAUCGGCCUCUCACAUCUUAUCGGAUAAAGGGAUAGAGACUCAGAAGCCCUAGGAGCAUCCUUGUUCUCGCCGCAGAUAGCCGGUCACCCAGGACGCCAUGGCGUUCCGGGACCAAGACCCGUUCAACAUGCUGGAGUUUGACCCUACUGCAUUCGACCCUACAGCGCUCGACUUCACUCAAGCCGAGUUCCCUUCAACAAACCAUGCAGCCGAGGAUCAGGAAUUCACAUUUGAUCAGCCAUUCUCCGGCGCCAUGCAGCACGGUUUCGAUGGAACCCUACCAUUCUUCGACCCGACCUUGAGCCUAGACGCGUUCAGCGCCAUCCAGAACCAGCAGCCAUGGCCUGACAACACCAUGCUGGACAUGAGUUCGCAGUCGGCUACCCCAGGAUCGCUGCGGACAGACAGCCGACCGGAAACACCAGGUCUGCCGGCUGCUAAUGCAUCCUCCUCCUCAGCUCUGCCACCAAAGGUGGGCACGCGCUUCUCACGAGAGUCUCUCAAGAUUCUACGCAACUGGUUGAGCACUCACUCACGACACCCUUUCCCGACUGAUGAGGAGCGCGACAUGCUGGAGCGACAGACAGGCUUGAACAAAACGCAGAUUCUCAACUGGCUUGCCAAUGCACGGCGUAGGGGCAAAGUACCCGAGUACAAGACCGCAUCGCCACGCACCGAGAGCCCGGGUGGCAGAGAGAUUCCGAACAGGAGGAGGGCUGGCACGCCGGCGCCAACAUCCAGAACACCCUUCAUGAAUCCGCUGGAGAGAUGGGUCGACUCUCCUCCUGAACACGAGCCAGCGAAUCCGGAUGCCAUUGCAUUAGCACUUGCGUCGUCGUCCCCUCUACCCAAACGCGACUCAUACCACCAUACGCCGGCUGACACAUUCUCCGGCAGCUCACACUGUCGACCAUCACCAGCGAGUAGCAACGGCACUUCCCGCUCUAGUAGCUCAGCCUAUUCUCACGAGAGCCGGGACUCGACAGGUUCCCUCAGCCUCUUUUCAAGCAGGCGGCAGCGACGGAAGAGGCGCGGCGCACGUCAGCACAGUAGUAACAAAACACCACUCACAGCUCCCACAAACACGUUCCAAUGCACCUUUUGCACCGAGACCUUCAGUACCAAACACACCUGGCAGCGCCAUGAGAAGUCCCUUCACCUUGCACUCGACCGUUGGGUCUGUGCACCCCAUGGCCCUACUUCAUCGAACAAUGACGGGAUACAGAGCUGCGUCUUCUGUGGGGAGUUAGAUCCGGGCAUCGAGCACAUGCAGAACCACAACUACACCAUCUGCCAAAGCCGACCCCUUGAGGAACGCACAUUCCACAGAAAAGAUCACUUGGGUCAGCAUUUGCGGCUUGUUCACAAUCUGAAGCCGGCGCAGCUCGUCCGGCAGUUGAGCGAGUGGAAGAUGGAGAGCCCCGAUGUGAGAUCGACGUGUGGCUUCUGUGGGCUGGAAAUGAGCACGUUCGCGGCGAGGGCGGACCACCUGGCGGAACACUUCAAGAUGGGCAGCACCAUGGCUGACUGGAAGGGCGACUGGGGCCUAGAUCCGCAUAUUCUCUCCAGGCUGGAGAACGCCAUGGCACCCUACCUCAUUGCUCUCGAGAGGAACUCGCCCUACCCCUUCAGCGCCUGCAAUGCGCCACUCGAAUCUCCGAUCAAUGCGUACGAGCUGAUCAAGCUUGAGCUGAUGAAUUUCAUCGACAUUUACUACGACAGGACGGGCAGGAUCCCCAGCCCAGCAGAGUUGCAAUCCGACGCGUGUCGCAUCAUCUUCGCAGCAGAGGUGCCCUCGUACCAUGGCGACGAAUCCUCCUCGUGGCUGCGGGAUCUAAUUCUUUCGGCCGAUGACAUUGUCCAAAAGGCGAAGCUCAGUCCCCUGCGCUCCGCCAAGGAGAGCCGGUUGACAUUCCUCCACAUCAUCGGUAAAAAGAGCCCCUUUGAAUCUUGUCCUCUGGAGGCCCAGCUAUUAGAGUUUGUGCACGCCCAGCCUCCUGAAUCGCUCACAGAGGCUCGAGUACACCGGCAAGCGGUCGAUAUUCUUCGGAAAAUGGAGAGCGCUUCUUCAUCGCCGUCAGACAUUGCCACUACGUGGCUCCUGGAGCUGGCACGGUCCUCCAAAAGCUGGCUGAAGCGGUUCCAAAUCCGGGCGGGUGUGAAUCUGUCCGAGACUGCGCAGUUUGAAGUAACGCCCACUCCCAUCGAUCAGGUGUUGCAAAACUAUGAACAGCUGGAAAGCAAAUUGGCCGAGAAGGUGGAGUUGCUCCGACAGCACGGGAUCGAGCCCGACGAUACAGCACUGCGGCAGCAGGCCCUCAAGAUCAUUGACGAAUUCGACAAUGCGGAAUGGAGAGCACUGGCGGCAGGCAAUCACGGGUGGCUUGCACGAUUCAAGCGGCGGCAUCUGCCUUGGGCGGAUUCGUAUGGCUUUUAUGCAAGGUUCUCCGACACGGCUAACCAAGCGUCCUGUCACAACGACCAGACAAUGUCCGAUGGCAACAAGAGCCCGCACAGGCCUGGCCUCAUCAAGAUGAAGAUAGGCGAGUACUACUUGAACGAUCCCAACUUUGAUAAGUGGGUGGCCCGGGAGUUAGCGAGGUGGGUAGCGGCGACAAUGUCGCCCAACAAUCCGAAUCAGCAUGUCCCCACGGACGAGGAGCUGAAGCACCAAGCAAGAUGGAUCAUGUAUGAAGAUGGCGAUAGCUUCAACACGACCAUGGCGGACAGUGACGAAUGGCUACAGCGCUUUAAGCGUGAUGCCAAGAUCCUCCACGACCAGGGACCAGGUCUUCUAACAGAGCUGCAGAAUGUCUGAUGGUCUCUGUUUUCACAUCACGCAAGACACUCGGUGGUCGCUGCGCCAGUGCAGUAGGGGGAAUUGGACAGACGGCCUCAUGAAUGUUACAGCCAGUUAUACACGGUGAAGCGCAGAAUAGUUAAUUACUAAAA